AUGCGAAGCUAUCUGGCCCACCUCCCCAAAUCAUCUGAACGAAACUGUGGCAGCUACAAUCACUGUACGGCAAGUACAUGGCUAUUACAGCUGGCAAUGAUGAUGAUGAUAAACCGACAAACUAUCUUCCCAGCUAGCGUUCACGUCAAAACAAACACCAAAGGUGCAAAAGGUCUAUUAACGCCCAAAACGAAAUCAGGAACAGUUGUACAGCGCUUCGUAUAUAUAGCAUCUCGUCCUGAUGCCGGACCGGCAAACGUCCCGAAUUUUGGGCCAACGUCGAGCGGGCCAGGCUUCUCGGCCGUAGCAGCGCCUAAAGACGUGCGGUAUAGUGGGAUCCGCGUGGAUUCCUGCCUAACAGCCCUCGAGAAGAUUGCCAAAUAA